AUGGAAGAUACUACAAUAACAACGACUGAAGAUAAAAAAAUCCGUCAUCGAUUUCGUAAAUGGUCUGGUGUUGUAUGGCUUCUGAUUGAAGUAAAUUUAGUUGGUGGAACUAUAUUUGGUUUUCCAGCAUUAUUUCAAAUAUUACCUCAAUAUGGGAUUUACGGCAAUAGCAGUGAUUGUUCAUCAUCAUCAUUGAAUAUGACUGGAACAGAAAGUGGACAAUCAUCAUGUGAAGGACUCCAAACACGCUAUUAUCAAAAUGCAUUAACAUUAGGUAUUAUACUAUUUGAAAUCCCAGCAGUGGUUAUCGGACCAUUAAUUGAUCGAUUUGGAUGUCGACUUGUUAAACUAAUUGGAAUAAUUUUUCAUAUUGUCGGAUGGUUAGCAUUAGCACUAGUCGCACCUGGAAGAGAUUCACUUUUAUAUGUGCAUACAGCAUUAUCAUCAUUGUCUGGUAUCAUAGUUUUAUUGACAGCCUACACUUCAAGUGAUUAUUUUUCAAAAUCAAGAGCAUUAGUAUCUGCAUUAUUCGCAGGAGCAUGUACAUCAGCAACAAUGUGGUAUUCAAUAUUUCAGACUUUAAUUGAUGCUGGUAAGAUUACAUUACAACAAUUAUCUUACAUAUGGAUGUCAUUUGGUGUAUUAUUAUUCAUCAGUUCAUUCGUAUAUCUUGAUUGGAAAUUUCCUAUUUUAAAUCUACCUUAUAAAUUCAACACUAAAUUAGAAAAGAAAAUUACUGCUCCAGCUAUUACUACUGAUGAUGACGAUUUGCCGGAUAAUACUCAAGUAGACAAAAUGAAAUGGUAUACAAGAAUUUUAAAACGAAAUGGUGUAUGGCAGUAUUUAACAAGUCCAUUAUAUCUGUUAGUAGUACUAUUUUUAAGUAUUCUGUUAUUACCAGGAAUUUUUCUUGCUGUGACAUGGUAUCCAUGGGUGUACUAUAUCACAAAUCAAGAUACAGUAUUAAGUAAUAAAUAUACGUUUGCAUUUAAUUUAUCUACUAUUGCUGCUAUUGUUAUUUGUCCCUUAAAUGGCUUUCUACUUGGAUUUAAAGCUGCCAAAAGUAAAAAACAAAAAUUAUUUAAUAUUUCGUUGAUGCAGACUAUAGCGUGGCUUAUUAAUGUUGCGGCAUGUAUUGUGUGUAUGUUUGCAAACAAAAGUAUGAUUAUUCCAGCAUUGGUGAUCAAUUGUAUUGCUAGGGCGACAAUUGUAGGUGGAAGUCAAGCGGUUGUAGCUACCUUUUUUCCAUCUAAGUAUAUUGGCACAUUAACUGGUGUAAUGUGGACUGUUGUUGGCGUUGUUGCUACCAUUCAAUAUGGUUUAGUUCAAUUAACAGAUGAUAUACCUCGCUCAUGGAGAGCAUGGUUGAUUAUAUUAUCACUUGUGAUAUUGAUGUCAUGUCAUCUAAUUCAACUAUGGUGGAAAUAUAUAAGAGAGUUGAAGAAGAAAUCGACGACAACGAUCGAAAAAGAAAUUGUCACCAAAUUUUGA